ACAAGCCCCAGCAGCGCCCCAAGCUCGCUUCGUUUCGGAGUCAACGCGCGACUGCUGCGCACCGCACUCCCGCCAAUUCUUCGGAAUCCCGAAAUUACAUGAGUCAGUCAGGGUCAGGAAACGAAAACGAAACCCAACCGUCGCGUUGGCCGCGAGCGCCCGCCAAGCACGGGAUAGGCACCCCGCCGCACGCCCAUGUGUGACGGGUCUGCCAUCUUGUGCCCCCUCCAGCUCGGUUGGGGUACGUAGAGAAUUUGGAAGACUCCGUUUAGAAACCAUUAGAAACUGACUCACAAUCUUGUGGAAGCAAAUGAGUAAGCAGAUGUCUUCUUUGAACGCCUUUCAAAAACGGAGAUCGGCGAAGCGGGAAGCAUUGUUCAGGCUGGCCAUCGUAUCGGGUUUCGACAGCACCCUUAAUCCGAUUCGAUGAUUCUAUGAAAGCAUUUUUAAAGACACACAGAAGUCUACAUGCUAAACUCAGACAUUCAAGAGGAUAGUAUAGGCUGGGAAAUAACCAAACUCGAAAGAAUUACAGACAGCCCUCUUCUCUCCUUACGCAAUAACCCUGUUGGUCGUCCUGACUGGCUGCGUCUGAAACGGCACCGAACCUUCUGUCCCUGUCUGCCCCGUUACUCCGAAACAAGUGAGACAAAGACGCACUGCGCUGGAAUAUGCCAUUUCGUCGUAAGUUGUCAAACUGCCCCACGUCCCUCGUCUAGUACGUCUGUGUGGAUGAACUUGGAUUCCGGCGUUUCGGUUCCUGGCGAAGAUGGAGGCAAGUGUGGACGAGUAUUACUUGGAGCUCUCCUCCUCUGUCGUCAAAUUCGACUCCGUCAGCAAAGUGACAAAUGUGUUCUUCGAUGACACGAACAAGCAAGUGUUCGCUGUGCGCUCCGGUGGGGUUAUGGGCGUUGUUGUUAAGGGCCCGACAGCGGCCACGACCACUGAUUUCUGCAUGGAAGAUAAAGGGCCAGUCGUCUCCAUCAAGUUUUCGCCCGAUCAGAAAGUUCUCGCCAUCCAGCGGUCAAAGUCGUCCGUGGAAUUCAUCAACUUUCUCACAGGCGAGAUGGACAACGUAGAAUACUCCCAAAGCUGCAAGGGCAAGAAUCAUAUUAUUUUGGGUUUCUUAUGGACAAAUACGCGAGAAAUUCUUUUCGUGACUGAUCAUGGAGUAGAACUUUUUCAAGUUGUUCCAGAGAAAAAAUGCCUUAAGGUUCAAAAGACGUUCAGUCUAUCUGUCAACUGGUUCGUCUAUUGUCCACAAACUUGUCUUGUUCUUUUGUCGUCUGGGACAUUAGGUAACCAAAUGUAUCCUCUUCACAUCAAAGGAGGAAAUAUAAACAAAUUGUCCCGGUUUGAUGUUGAAAUACCUGCAGUUCCUAAACCACCUAAGCUGUGUUUGUUUGAGAGAGACAUCACAUUAGCUGUGCUGUACAACGAAGCAAGUAUCAUUAUCCUGAGGCAUAAUCCCCGAGGAGCAGGGUCUCCUGGAGCUGAAGUUGUUGUUUAUACUCUCGUGAAAAUGAUGACUGCCAAAAAGACACAUGUUUUGAGAGUAGACCUGAGUGGUCGUUUUGCCAUAAAUGUGGUAGAUAAUCUUAUUAUUGUACAUCAUCAAGCAUCAAAGAAGUCUCUGAUGUUUGAUAUUGCCAUGAAUGGAGAAACUGAUGGCACUGUCACAUACCACCAACCUGUUGUUGGACUUCAGCCUAUAAAACCAUUUACAUUGUCAUUACCGGCAGUGCCAAGCCCUGUGCAUACAGAACCAACCCAAGUUCAUUGUGAACUUUACUCGCCUAAUUGGGUUGUAUUUCAACCCAAUAUAAUUAUUGAUGCCAAGCUUGGCUGUUUGUGGACAAUCACUUUGAAUCUCCAACCUCUACUGACCAUGAUACAUGAUAAAUGUAUCUUGGUAGAUUUUCUAAUGAAGAGAUCAGAUUCUAAACCUGUUGUUAUUCAAGUAUUGCAAGAAGUACUGGAACCUACCACGCAGAACUGCAGUCACCUUGUUGUGGUGGCAGAGUUAUUUGAUCAUUUGAAUGAAGUCUAUCGCAGCUUCUUGCAAUCUGAGUUGCAAUGUCACGUGGCCACCCCUGCCUCAUCUAGUCUUAGUGUUUCACCAUCCAAACUUCAACAAGUUCUACCAAAACCUUGUAUUGUUAUUGACCAAUCUGAUAUGUAUACAAAUGUAUUUUCAAAAUUUGUUGAUAGAGCAAGAGAAUCUGAAGAAGGUACAGGCAAAUUUGAAGUGUGGGUUUUGCUUGAGUAUAUAAGGUCGCUUACUGACUACCACAUUCCAGUUCAACAUUAUCUGUAUGAACUACUCAUUAAUUCACUUGUUCAACAUGAAGCAUAUUACCAGCUUCAUCAACUACUGCAGUACCAUGUUGUAUCUGAUUCAAAACCAUUGGCUUGCCUACUGCUUUCGUUAGAAAGUUUGUACCCGGCGGCACAUCAAUUAGCCCUUGAUAUGCUGAAGCGUUUGUCGACUGCUAAUGAAGAAAUAAUUGAAGUGUUGCUGUCCAAGCAGCAAAUUUUGCCUGCUUUGAGAUUUGUACACAGUGUAGGCUCUGUUGAUCAAGUGUCAGCACGCAAGUUCCUUGAUGCGGCUAAAGCCACAGGUGAUCCCAAUGUGUUUAUUGGAGUUUUCAAAUUUUUUGAACAAAGGAACUUGCGACUUAAAGGAACCACGUCAUUUGCUAAGGGAGAACAUUGUGACAUUUAUGUCAAACACUUCCAGAGCUUGUGCUCAGGACCUGUCCAGUAAAAAUUUAUUGUGUCUGAUAGUACCUACAUAUAUCUGUGAUUAAUUUAGAAACAUCUGAUAUUGCCACAAAUAUUGUGAACAAAUAAAUUCACCUGUUAUCCCGUGAGAGUGAUUGCCCUUGGCAGUAUUGUAUAUAUAUGCCCUGUAUGCGUAAGUGAUAAACUCCUACUGUGAUCUAUUUACAACAAUGCAAAGACAUAACUUCGAUGAUGUGAGAGGAUUUAAACAAUAAAUGAAACAAUAAUUUUA